ACCCGGAGCUCCGCGUCUUCCUGGGUGCUUGUGAGAUGGGGAGAGAGAUGAGGUUCUUCAGUACAGAAAGUCUGGAGACCAGAGCCUACUACCAUUCUUUCCAGUGUCCUUAGUGUUAGCCUGGAGAAUGGAUUUCCCGUUACUCCUAGCCUCAGCCGCAGGCGCUAUCGUCACGCUCGCCGCCGCUGCUGUUGCCGCAUUGCUGGUAGUAAGAAGUCUAAGUUCUUUUAAGAAGAGAACAAGCACGGACGACGGGAGUAGUAAAGAAGUCCAUUUCCAGAUGGAAACAAAGAGGAAGCAGGAGACACACAAAGAAUCGGGCGGGACGGCCGAGGAGACACUGGAAGAGCUGGGAGAGAGGGAACGGGGAGCCCACGAAGACGUGACCGCGGGGGAACGGGACAGCCGAGCCCGGAGCCCCAGUUCCUGGAGCAGCAGCUCAGAAAAGGACGCGGUUCCCGCGCGGGAGGCUUCAGCGCAAGUACCCCGACCAUCGGGCGGCGGGAUGUCUGUGGUUGGCAUUGACCUCGGCUUUCUCAACUGCUACAUCGCCGUAGCAAGGAGCGGCGGCAUCGAGACCAUCGCCAAUGAGUACAGCGACAGGUGUACCCCAGCCUGUAUAUCUUUGGGAUCAAGAACUCGAGCCAUUGGAAAUGCAGCUAAGAGCCAGAUAGUCACGAAUGUAAGAAAUACAAUUCAUGGCUUCAAAAAGCUUCACGGGAGAUCAUUUGAUGAUCCUAUCGUGCAAACUGAAAGGAUCAGGCUUCCUUAUGAACUGCAGAAGAUGCCAAAUGGAAGUGCAGGAGUUAAGGUGCGGUACCUAGAAGAAGAGAGACCUUUUGCAAUUGAGCAAGUUACUGGAAUGCUGUUGGCCAAACUUAAAGAGACUUCAGAAAAUGCUUUGAAGAAACCAGUGGCCGACUGUGUGAUUUCAAUUCCUAGCUUUUUCACUGAUGCUGAGAGAAGAUCUGUGAUGGCUGCAGCACAGGUUGCAGGUUUAAAUUGUUUAAGGUUGAUGAAUGAAACUACUGCAGUUGCUCUAGCAUAUGGAAUUUAUAAACAGGAUCUUCCCCCAUUAGAUGAGAAACCAAGAAAUGUAAUAUUUAUUGAUAUGGGACAUUCUGCCUACCAGGUCUCAGUUUGUGCUUUUAACAAAGGAAAACUUAAAGUCUUGGCUACCACCUUUGAUCCAUAUUUGGGUGGCAGGAACUUUGAUGAGGCUUUAGUAGACUACUUCUGUGAGGAGUUCAAGACCAAAUAUAAGAUAAAUGUGAAAGAAAAUUCUCGGGCUUUGUUGCGUUUAUAUCAGGAAUGUGAAAAACUGAAGAAGCUAAUGAGCGCAAAUGCAUCAGAUCUUCCACUGAACAUUGAGUGUUUUAUGAAUGACCUUGAUGUUUCUAGUAAAAUGAACAGAGCUCAAUUUGAACAAUUGUGUGCUUCCCUAUUCACCAGGAUCGAGCCACCAUUAAAAGCAGUAAUGGAACAAGCUAACUUGCAACGUGAAGACAUAAGUAGUAUAGAAAUUGUAGGGGGAGCAACACGAAUUCCUGCAGUGAAAGAACAAAUCACUAAAUUCUUUCUUAAAGACAUAAGUACCACAUUAAAUGCUGAUGAAGCUGUUGCAAGAGGAUGUGCAUUACAGUGUGCGAUUCUCUCACCAGCAUUUAAAGUGCGUGAAUUUUCUAUAACAGACCUUGUUCCCUAUUCAAUCACAUUAAGAUGGAAGACCUCUUUUGAAGAUGGAACUGGGGAAUGUGAAGUAUUCUGUAAGAAUCAUCCUGCCCCAUUUUCAAAAGUCAUUACUUUCCACAAGAAGGAACCAUUUGAACUAGAAGCAUUUUAUACUAAUUUACAUGAAGUGCCUUAUCCUGAUCCAAGAAUUGGGAGCUUCACUAUUCAGAAUGUUUUGCCUCAGUCUGAUGGUGAUAGUUCCAAAGUGAAGGUUAAAGUUCGUGUUAACAUUCAUGGAAUCUUCAGUGUGGCCAGUGCAUCAGUAAUUGAGAAGCAAAAUGUAGAAGGGGAUCACAGUGAUGCUCCUAUGGAGACAGAAACUUCAUUUAAGAAUGAAGGCAAGGAUGAUGUGGAUAAAAUGCAAGUUGACCAAGAAGAAGGAGGGCAUCAAAAAUGCCAUGCUGAACAUACCCCAGAAGAGGAAAUCGAUCAUACAGGAACCAAAACAAAGUCAGCUCCCUCAGACAAACAAGAUCGAUUAAACCAGACCAUUAAAAAAGGAAAAGUCAAGAGUAUUGAUCUGCCUAUUCAGAGCAGCCUGUGUAGACAGUUGGGCCAAGAUCUUCUCAACAGCUACAUUGAAAAUGAGGGGAAGAUGAUAAUGCAAGAUAAAUUAGAGAAAGAAAGAAAUGAUGCUAAGAAUGCUGUUGAAGAAUAUGUAUAUGAUUUUAGAGACAAGCUGGGCACAGUCUAUGAAAAAUUCAUCACUCAAGAAGACUUGAAUAAACUGUCUGCAAUAUUGGAAGACACAGAAAAUUGGCUUUAUGAAGAAGGAGAGGACCAACCUAAACAAAUUUAUGUGGAUAAGCUUCAAGAACUAAAGAAAUAUGGCCAGCCUAUUCAGAUGAGGUACAUGGAACAUGAAGAGAGACCAAAAGCUUUAAACGACUUGGGAAAAAAGAUUCAGCUUGUUAUGAAAGUGAUAGAAGCAUACAGAAACAAGGAUGAAAGAUACGAUCAUCUGGAUCCUGCUGAUGUGGAAAAAGUUGAAAAAUACAUUAGUGAAGCCAUGAGUUGGCUGAACAGUAAGAUGAAUGCACAGAACAAACUAAGUCUCACUCAAGAUCCUGUGGUGAAAGUUUCAGAAAUAGUUGCAAAGUCAAAGGACCUGGAUAAUUUUUGUAACCCCAUCAUUUACAAGCCCAAACCGAAAGUAGAGGUUGCUGAAGACAAAGCAAAAGCUAAUAGUGAACACAAUGGACCAAUGGAUGGACAGAGUGGGACUGAAACUAAAGCAGAUACAACAAAAGACAGCUCCCAGCAUACUAAAUCUUCUGGAGAGAUGGAAGUGGACUAAGUCUUAAUUUCACCUUCACAUAAUUCAAACAGUGCAAGCAACCACAAGGUCCAUUCUUCCUUUUACAUGUGGUACACACAACAUAUGUUCAAUUGUUCUUAACCACUUUUUGUCAUUUGUUUUUUGCAGUAGUUUUGAAAAGUGUUUUAUAUUGAGUGCACCUCUGUUCAUUUCCAUUGCUGCUUAUGUGAAGCUUUAGCUGAGUAUAGAUUUACAAGUCAGUUUUAGCUUUCCUAAUACAUGUUGUAUCAAACAUGCAAGACUGAUAUGUAUUUGGCAACAAUCUACCUUAUUUAAAGCUUCUACUUGGAUAAACCUCAACUCCUGUAUUCAGGAGAGGAUACUGUAUUGCACUAUUGUUGCAGAAGCAUAGAUUUAAUUGCAUCAUCAUUUUGAAAAACAUUGAGAUUGAUGUGGUUUAAAGCCACUGAGGCACUGACUUUUUUCUAGUUAUUGUAGUUAUAAUUUAAAUAUUAAAACAGAUAAUCUCAUUGGUGUGCCAUGAGAACUUCAAAGUGUUGUCAUCACAUAAAUGAACUAAAUCACAUGUUAAAAAAGGGAAAACACAAUUUUUAUGUUACGGUGACACCAGCAGUUUGCAUCUUUUAUUAGAAUGUGGAUUGAUGUUUUCUCAGAGUAAUUCAGUGUCAUUUUCACUUGAAACUUCUGAUCUACUUGUCCUGAAGACCAGCUGCUGCUAAAGUAAUACUAGCCUAAAGAUAAGAAGCAUUUUUGAUGAGAAUACCCUCAUGUUAAGGGGGAAAUGCUGUUGACCUACUCCGACACGCAUCUGUGAUGUUGAUAGCCUUGUUUCAAUUUCAAUAGUUGUUUUGGUUUUCUUAAUUGAUUUUGUUAAUAUCUUAACACAGGGUAGGGAGAAAUGGCACAAUGUGUAUCGCAUUAUAUACAUUUAUCACUGAUUUACUUAAUGUUAAGAAAUAGGUAAACACUAUUAAAUACGCGGUAAUACUUGAAAAGAAGUACUUAUACCGUAAGUCUUAGGAAAUAAUGCUUGUAAUAAACUUAACUAUGUUACAUAUCAACAGGCAAAAUAUAGAAUGUUACAUAAGUGUAAUAUGAUAUGAUGUGAUUAAAUUAUAGUUCCUGCUGUUACAUCACCUGUUCAGAUCUUGGCUCCAGUUUUGGUGGUGCUUAUAUAUAUUUUAUGGGACAAGGGACUGUGAAAUUAAGAUAUUUUAAGGACUUAGUCUGUGCUUCAUCACCAGAUUUGUUCACAUUGUUCAGUUCAGAGGCUUGGAACUAUUUAAAUAAGGGAGCAGACUGAAAUGACUUUCCAAACCUACAAGAAGCAUAGAUAAUGCCAUGGGCACUUGUGUUCCAUGCCAAUCAACUAGAUUAAACCUAAGUUAAAAUUUUGAAAGGCUCACUUUUCCCCAAAGCUAAACCUUUAUAUUAAGAACAAUUACUAUUGACUUUUCUUAAGUAGUAAAAAUUGAGAGUUGAGUAUCUUUAGGGAUAGUCAUUAUUUCUCACAAAUAGUUCUCUUAAGAGAGAUUUUGUUUCUACAAUGUAGUCUGCACUGAAAGGGGAGAAUAUGGAGCGGUGCAUUUGCAGGGAUUUUUAUUCAUCCCUUUUGAGGGAGAUGUCCGUUUUUUGGAUUAAAAAAUCCUAUAGACCCAAUAUAUUUUUAAUGUCUUCUCAUCUUUAAAUUUAACCUUGUCUGAAUACUCUAAAAGUGAACUAAUCAUAUCCAUUAGUAAUGAAGUACUUUUUGUUUUCUUUGAAGCAUCAGUUACUUUCCUUCAAAAGGUGAACAAAAAGGUUCAUUUCAGGAAGUGCAUCAAAGUUAGGAAUAUUUCAAUACUACACAUUGGGAGUUUAUAGCUUUUUUUGAAGUUAACAAGAAAAUCUCCACCCACUUCGUUAGGAGCUAUAUAGUUCCAAAACUUAUUGUGAACAAAUGAGGAAAUAACCCUUUCUGCAUCUGAAUUGUCUAAUUAUGCCUGACAUAUUCUGUUCCUUCUCUUUAGUUUAUAUAGUUCUAUGUUUUAGUCAGAUAUAUAACAUUCCAGUUUUUGCAGUUAUAGAGCAUUUUACUUAAGUACAUCCAAAGAUAGUAUGUAUACUUUCCCUACUUAUUCAGCUAAAAUGAUAUUUUCAAAAGCCCUUUAACCUUAUGAUGUGGUUAUUUAUUGAAUAUGUUAAUAAAGGAAAAUUCAUUCUCCUUAA